AAUCUAACAUGUUUCCUAAAUCAACGGUCAUAAUUGAUUUAGAAUAGUCUUCCAUUGACCAAGUCUAAUCACUAAACCUAAAUAAAUAAACAACAAACGAAGGCAAAUGAUGUUUUGUUUCUUAUUGCAAUCUCACACAGUCUUGAGGAGACACAACACAAAAUGGCUAACUCAAACGAUUGGUCUCACCUCUACGGCAACAACCAAGCCUUCUACACAACAUCCACCAUCACUUCAACCGCCGUCACAACCACCACAGCCGCUUCUCCCUCCGGUGAAGCCACCUCCAUGGACUCUCGUCUUAGUCCAGAAACAGGCCGUGUAACCAAACCGGCACGUAGAAGAUCAAGGGCCUCACGUAGAACACCAACAACACUUCUCAACACGGACACAUCCAACUUCCGUGCCAUGGUUCAGCAGUUCACGGGCGGUCCAUCUGCUAUGGCUUUCGGGUCCGGCAAUACCACUUCCGGUUUUAGCCUCACCUCUUCUUCGGAUCCAUCAGCUGGAUCUUCCCAACAAGUUCCUUGGCAAUAUAGUUACCAGCCUCACGCGCCGCCUCCACCGCAACAGCCUUAUAUGUUCUCGUUAAACAACAUGAAUCCCGUCGUUGGGUAUAGUAACAUGAACAACCCUAACAUGAGCAACCCUAAUACGGUGGUUUCCGGUGUGUUUGGCACUGCGGACGGUGGAAGUGGAGGUUCUGCUCCGUCGUAUAAGGAAGCCACGAAUAGUAAUACGUCGUCUUCGAGGCUGCAAUGAGAAAACGAUUGGAUUCUUUUGAAUUUUUUUCCUCUUUUUCGCAUAAAGGCAGAAAUGUUAGGUACUGACUUUUUUUUGUCAUAGAAUGACAACUUUGACUGCUGUAUAUUCAAGUUUUUCUUUUCGUUUUCAUAUUCAAGCUUGUUUAUCUUUGUUUUAGGCUUUUAGAUACGUUUAUAUACCGUUAUCAUUUAUCAUGGUCCUAACUAGGCAAAUAUUCAAUGACUGAAGUUGCACACUUGCUUCAUUGAAAAUGGCAAUAAGAAAAAUAAAUGUUUUGCAAAUAAAUCUAUAUGUUCUCUAGGGGAUCAAUAAAUUAUCAUUCAUAUAAAUUAGUUAUGGAGUCCAUUUUCUACUAUACUUAACUUAGUUAAAACAAUGUUGUCGAACACUAAUAUCUAUUUAUAUAAAAGAAGGAUGUAUCUCUCCAGCUGACACAUAGGAUUCCACCUAAGAAAUUCGAGCUCUGACGUUGUGACACGUGUCCCGUGCGGAUGAUACUCCGCGUUUCAUUUAAUCCCGAAUGAGAUGGGCUUUGGUUGUUUGAUGUGUGCUGGUCUUUUAGUUUGUGCGCGUUAUCCGGCCCGGUAGAAGGAUCUUGCACUAACCCUAAUUCUUAUGUACGCUUCGUCUCUCUCUUUCGUACGGCGACGACUCCUUGACGUCUUAUCUUCCUCUCGCCAUUUGAGCUUGCAAAUUUCUUCAACUGAUUCUUUUGGAUUGAUCAUGAUAAACUAUUGCUUCGCUGAUUUGUUUUUACAUGUCUUAUCUUCCUCUCGCCAUUUGAGCUUGCAAAUUUCUUCAACUGAUUCUUUUGGAUUGAUCAUGAUAAACUAUUGCUUCGCUGAUUUGUUUUUACAUUCUAUCUGAGGGGCAUGAGAGUGUGUGCGAGAAAUAGAAAUGGAGAGAGGAGAGAAUGAAUGGUGGUGAUGCAGUCGGAGCUUCGUCGUUUUAGAUUGGAGAUUCUCUCAGGUAUUUGGUGAAGUCAGUGCUGGAGAAGAAGUUCAAGAAGAUCCAGAAGAAGCACACAUAUGAUGCUGUGAAACCGAAGAUACCAUAAACAGAAAGGAUGAGGAAGAUAGAAAGAAGACAUUAAGAAAUCAAAGAAAUAAUUUUUAAUAAAAGUCUAUAGUGCAUGGAGUUAUUGAAUCGUAGUCAUCAGUACUCAGUUGUGGGCUUACAUGGCUUAUCUCAGCCGAGAAUAUAGGAAAAGCUUUGUUAGACGAUGCUGGUCCAUCCAGAAUAGUAUGGAGAGUGUGAUAGUAUUUGAAGCUUUUAAGAACUGCAGCCCAUAUGACGUGAUGAUUGUGGUUCAUCAUUUGUAUUGGUGCAUCAAGAACCUCCAUCUCUGAUCUCUGUAGCUGUUUCAUAUUGGAACUUAAAGCCACUGAUUAUUGCUGACAAGGAAUUUGAGCUGGGAGGAAGAUUAAGAAGUGAUGCAACUCCUUAUGUGAGACGCCUACCAAUCCAAAACCAACAUGGAGGUUUGUGAGAGGUGGUUAAGGCAGAGGCCAAGCUGGUGGUGGCAAAGGGAAUAAAGGUGGCCAAGCUCUAACAUGGUAUUAGGAAGAACAUGUAGACAACAAUAGCUGAAGGAUUGUUGCAGUUGUGGAUUAUCAGGUGAACACGCUCCUAUCUUCUAGGAACAGUUGGAGCUAAAGUCUUGCUCAGAUUUGUGCAGUGAUCCUUUUCAUAAUUCAGUGGCUACAUGAGAGUGUUUCUGCUGAGUUAGAAUUUAGAGUCUGCAACGAAUCAAGCUUCACAUUCAAGAUUGUGGUUAGAGUUGUUUAUCAUAAAAAAGAAGCAAAAACCAAGUAGUAACAUGUUUCAAAAGUGAUUUACAAAAUGUUCUUUCUAUUGGUUACUAAUACAUGAAUAUGUUUUUUAUUGAUAUAAGAUGUGAUGAUUAUAUUAAAA